CUGGUGCCCGACGUCAGACGGCGAGCGAGCCCACCCCCCAACACAUGUCAAACACUCGAGACGUGCGCUGUGAGAGAGCAGUGGAGGAACCAACCUCCAACGAUCACUGCUGGGCUCCGGCACGUCACGUCGGACGAGUCCGGUGGCUUCACCAGUGCCGGUGCGUGGAGCGAGCAGAGCAGAAAGCAAAAUUAGAAGACGAAGGGAAACGAGCGUUCGUUGCGUUCCCGAGAAUCAGGAAAAAGAAGAAGCGUGAGAAGAGUUUGUUUGCACACUCUGCCGCUGCUGUUGCCGCUGCUGCUGCUGCCAGGCUGAAAAGAGAUGCGCGGCACAACAUGGAUAUGCGAGGAGGGAUAAAACUCGACAAUCAUCAUCCACUCGGGCAUACGCGGGGGACAAGUGAAACUACUCAAAAGGACAAAUCAGGAUUUUAAGAAAUUUAGGAUUGGAUUCAAGCUUACAUCGACCUGAGACCACAAAAAUGGACUUCCUGUGGAAACUGGCACUGCAGCUGUCAUUGCUGGACUGUCUGGCAGGUAACCGACUUUUGCUGAGGCCUACGUUCACCAAACAACCCGGCAGUGUGGUGUUUCCCCUUCAGCCUGGAGAGAAUCAUAGAGAGGUGGUGUUUAGCUGUGAGGCCCAGGGCCAUCCCCCGCCCUCCUACAGGUGGAGGCUGAAUGACUCUUUCAUCUUGCCGACACCGGGGUCACGAUACUCUCUCACGGGAGGAAACUUGCACAUUACUCAUCUGAGUCAGGAAGACAAUGCCGGCGUAUUUCAGUGUCUGGCAUCAAACUCAUUUGGCACAAUCGUCAGCAGAGAGGCCAGUCUUCACAUUGCCUAUUUGGAGAGUUUCAAGACCCAAAGAAGAAAUCCAGUGAGAGUUCGUGAAGGUCAAGGAGUGGUAUUACUUUGUGGCACGCCCCUCCACUCUGGAGAUCUUAGCUUCACGUGGAUCUUCAAUCAGUACCCAUCGUUUGUCGUCCAGGACACGCGGCGAUUCGUGUCUCAGAAGACUGGCAACCUGUACAUCGCCAAAGUUGAACCCUCUGACGUGGGCAACUACACUUGUGUAGUCACCAACACAGUCACCAAAAGUAGUGUUCAAGGACCACCCACACCACUCGUGCUUCGAGUAGAUGGUGUAAUGGGUGAAUAUGAGCCAAAGAUUGAGGUACAGUUCCCUGAAGUUGUCCCAGUCGCUAAGAGCUCAACGGUCAAGCUGGAAUGUUUUGCACUCGGAAACCCAGUGCCAACCAUCAGUUGGAGGAGAGUCGAUGGAGCCUCUUCCGGAAGAAAAGUGGACAUCAAUAGAGCUAACGGAGUGUUAGAGAUCCCUUACUUUCAGCAGGAGGAUGCGGGGAUGUAUGAAUGCUUGGCUGAGAACAGCAGAGGCAGAAACUCUGUCAAAGGAAAGCUGUCCUUCUAUGCUGCUCCUCAUUUGACUGAGACGCCCCCAGAUGCUCACAAGACUAUUGAUGAAACGCUGGUCUGGGAGUGCAAAGCCAGCGCCAAGCCUAAGCCCUCAUACCGUUGGCUGAAGAAUGGAGAGCCUCUGGACCUGACAGAACAGGACCGGAUCCAGGUGAAUAAUGGAGUGCUGACCAUCAGUAGCUUAAAUCUGGCUGACAUCGGCACGUAUCAGUGUGUGGCUGAGAACAAGCAUGGCAGAGUAUUCACCAAUGCCGAGCUUCGAGUCAUAGCCAUUGCCCCAGACUUCUCCCAGAAUUUGUUGAAGGCCCAAACCCUGGCCCGACAGAGUGGUGACGUCCUCAUUGAAUGCAAGCCCAAGAUGUCUCCUUGGGGUGUGAUUUCAUGGAGGAAAGGAAAAGAAGCCAUAAGAGAGAACCACAGAGUUACCGUGUUGGAUAACGGAAGCCUUCGGAUAUCCAAUGUUUCAAAAAUGGAUGCCGGUCUGUACACAUGCGUCGCCAGAAACCAGUUUGGUGUCGCUAGCAGCAGCGGGAGCCUUUUGGUGAAAGAACCAACUGUGAUUACAAGCCCCGCUGGUCAUCUGGACGUGACGGUUGGGGAGAGCAUCGUGCUGCCCUGCCAGGUGUAUCAUGACCCCUCGCUGGAUCUCAAGUUCACAUGGUUUUUCAAUGAACAGCUCAUCCACUUUGGCAGCGCCGGGGCUUAUUUUGAAAGAGUUGGGGGGCGCUCCGCCGGGGACAUAAUGAUCCGCAAUAUUCAGCUAAGGCAUGCUGGGAAGUACACAUGUGCGGUCCAGACCAAGGUGGACAGUGUGUCCAUUGCCACUGAUGUCGUGGUCAGAGGUCCUCCGGGCCCCCCCGUGGACUGUCAAGUGACUGAGAUGACAGAGACCACAACACUUUUGACCUGGGGACCCGGGACGGACAACCACAGCCCCAUUCUCAGCUAUACCAUCCAGGCCAGGUCACCUUUUUCCCUCGGGUGGCAAGCCGUUACCACUGUUCCUGAGCUGCUCGGGGGAAAGCAGCUGUCAGCUACUGUCAUUGACUUGAAUCCCUGGGUGGAAUACGAGUUCAGAGUAUUAGCAACCAACAGCAUUGGAACAGGCGAACCCAGCAAAGCUUCUCGAAAGGCCCGCACCAAGGACACGCUUCCUAGGGUAACUCCGGCAAGAGUAAAUGGAGGUGGAGGGGGACGUUCAGAACUGGUCAUUACUUGGGAGCCCGUUCCAGAGGAGCUGCAGAGCGGCCCCGGUUUUGGCUACGUUGUGGCUUUCCGCCCACUGGGCACGCAGGGCUGGAUGCAGGCUGCUGUCACAUCCCCUGACGCUUCCAGAUACGUCUUCAAGAAUGAGAGCAUCCCCCCUUAUUCAUCUUAUCAAAUCAAAGUCGGGGUUUACAACAACAAUGGAGAAGGGCCUUUUAGUCCAGUGGCGACCAUCUACUCAGCGGAGGAAGAGCCCAGCCGAGCACCAGGGAGGCUGAGGGCGAAGAGCAUCUCCGCAUCUGCGGUGGAGGUCACCUGGAAGCCUCUCGCCUGGAGCAACAACCGCAGACGCAUCCUUGGCUAUGAGUUGCAGUACUGGGGGGUAAAGGAGAAGCAAGAGGCAGCCAGUGUGAUUAGGACGGUGGGGAAUAAGACGUCCGUGCGCAUCAGGGAUCUGGAGGGCAGCAGUACCUAUUUGAUAUCUCUGCGGGCUUAUAACAGCGCUGGAGUGGGUCCACAGAGCAGCAUUGUCAAUGUCACCACCAAGAAACCUCCGCCCAGUCAGGCCCCCGUCAAAAUCAUGUGGAACACUUCCAAUUCCAAGGUCAUCCUGCACUGGGACCAAGUCCACGCUCUUGACAACGAGUCUGAAGUGACGGGUUAUAAGGUGAUGUACAGCCAGGACAAACACAGCCGUCCCAGCGUGGUGGAGACCAACACCACGUCCUUAGAAUUGUCACUGCCCGUCAACGAGGACUACGUUAUCCAGAUCAAACCUUUCAGUGAAGGCGGGGAGGGCAUCAGCAGUCGCCAGAUUAGAAUCCCCAAAAUAGCAGACUUCAUCGCCGCGGGAGCCGCCUCAGUGUCUUCAUCACUUCCUGUGGCCAACCUCGCCGCUGUCAUCAUCACAGCCAGGACCGUGCUAUGACCGAUGUUUGCAGGAAGUCAACGCCGCGGCCUAACAUCCAGACAGUGAGCUGGCACGGUGAAAGACGAGAAGCCCCCCGGGAGCCUCGCCUCUUGUUUUCACCUGCUUCCCACCCAACUGCGUCUUUUGUCCUCUCCUAGCUGCGAAAGAUCAACUUGUGAAGAACGCGCUUCAUCCUUGAAGGAGUCAUUGAAACAAACUGGCCCACUUAUGUGACAGGAAUUGACCUUCAGCCUUUUUUGGAUGUUUUAUGUUCUUUCCUCGCUUCUAAUAUAUGGAUAGUGUCAUGUAUUGGAAGUUGUGUACUCGUGAGACUUUUCCUGGAUUUGCAUUCUGGAAUGUGGGGACAAGAAGAACUUUUUAGACAAAAAAAAUUUAAACGAGUGACAUUCUUGUGAAGCGCGCUUAACGAUAAAAUUCCUCUUGCUCCAUUUAAACUGAGUUUUGGAAGACAUAAAAAAAAAUGAAUAGAUUCCCAUGCUGGGCGAAACAAGGUAGCCCAUUGCCCUUUGACAAACUCCUAUUUGGGACUUCUGUGACUUAACUUGGAUAUUAUCGAUGUUUUUCAGGCUGCAUCCCAGCAGCCAUUAAAACAGACCGGAACCAAAGUUGUGAUUCAUAGACAAGACAAGGCCAAACCUGAUGAUGGUGCGAGCGCUGGUGAAUCGAUGUCUUACCUCCUUCCUCCAUGUCCCCUCCUCACCAAGUGCAGUGACGGCACGCUGAGAGUUGUGCACUCGAUGUAUGGAAUCCUCAGGUCCCAAUUGAGCCUUAAAAGUCUUCUAAUUAGGAACCGUGUUAUUGUUCUUCAGCAGUUCCGUUCAUUUAUGCUCCUCAUUUGUUUCUCCUUGUCGUAUUGCGUGUUGUAUGUACUUUGGGGCAACGUGGGCUCAAACACGUUUUCUCCCGUCUUUAAUGACGAGAGGCCAACCUUUCUGGGUUGCUUACUCAGUAUGGAUUCUUUGUCAUUUGCCGUUAUUCAGAUUGGGAUUGGCAAAACUGCUGGAGAGUCCAGAUGGUUGAACAAGCUUUUAAUAAACAUGAUGCCGAUUUCCUGCUCA